AUGCAGUGCACCCAAUCCCAGCCCCCACCCCCCAUCCCACCCAGCCUCCUCCCCCUCCUCACAACCCGCGGCUUCCACGUCCACCCAACCUGGCUCUCCGAAUGCGUCGCCUACCUCCGCUCCUCAGCCCCCGCGCCAAUCACUACCGACGCCCAGCUUCUCGACAACGUCGUCAACCAAAUCCUGCUCACGGACCUCAAGAGCGGGAUUAUUACGCGGAGGGUGAUUCCGGGGAAUGUCGGGGAUGCGCAUGGGGUUGUUCUUGGAGCGGAUGGGGGGAGGAAUAGGGCGGUGGUGCUGCAGGUGGAGGAUGUGAUGGAGGUCGGGGUAUCGAAGCAUACGUUGCUGGAGAUGGUGAUCGACCAAAAACCCAAAAAAGCCGAGCCGGGGAUGCCGCCCACCCCUGGGAUGCGAAAUCGUCCACCGGCAACAACGCCACCACGCGUUAAACUCCCGCGCAAGAUGCUCCGGUUGGUCUUGACGGAUGGGUUCAGCUGCAUCACGGCGAUGGAGUGUGGGUUUAUUCCGGGGUUGAGUGUUGAUAUGCCGUUGGGGGUGAAAGUUGGGGUUGAGGGGGGGAUGGUUAGGAGGGGGGUGUUGUUGUUGCAUACGGGGGUGUGUAGGGUGUGGGGGGGUGGGGUUGCGGAGAUGAAUGCUGUGGAGCCGGCUGUUAGGUUGGAGGGGGUGUUGAGGGGGAUGGUUGGUGGAGGUCUGGGAGGUGGAGAGGGGGCAGGGAAUGGCCAUGCGCAUCCAGGCGGUGCGGGAACUGUGAACAUGAAUCAGGGUGGUGGGAAUGAGAAUAUGCCGCCGGCGAUGCACGGAGGUGCGGGCGGGACAUCGAAAUCAACAUCAGCACAACGAUGCACAUAUCAAGAAACAACAGCCGCACCAACAACCCGUCGUAUCUCAGCGCUCCCCCCUAUCUCCCACGCAACAACCACCCUCGCACCACCACCACACCCAGACCCAACCGACUCAGACAUGGACUACGACAUUCCCCUCGACAUCGACCUCGACCUCACACACUACAUCCCCGAAACGCCCCUUAAAACCCGCCCUCACCCCUCCAUCCCUCACUCCACAACAACAACAACAACAACAACAACACUCAUAGACACCAUAACAGAAAUCGAAUCCGACAACGACGACGACCUCGCCUUCGAAUCCGCCCUCCUGGCCGUGGAGCACGAUCUAAGUCUGACGUCGCAGCAGAUCGUCUCGCCUUCGGUUGCGAGUUCGGGGUCGACCACCUCUGGUGGAGAUGGGACACCUCCAAUCAACCAUAACGUCGCCGUUGGGGUCGCGUCACCUGCGCAUGUUGUCGACGUCGAAGAAGCACCACCACCACCAAAUAAACCAUCCCCCCCAAUAAUCAAAACCCCCCUCCGCCGGCGUCGCAAACUCAUCCCCCGCCACGCCACCAAACGCCCCUCCCCAACAACAGCCAACCCCUUCCUCGACCUCUCCGCCGCCCUCUCACCUGGGUCCAAUUCCUCCGACUCCGGCGACGAACAACCCCUCCCCAACGAAGACUGGGACAAAGACUUGACCGGUUUCGUAGUCAGCAACUCGGCAGGGUCUACACCGUCUUCUGCCGUCAAAUCGGUGGGGAAAUCACCCGCGUCUCUGAGAGCGUUCUACGCCAAAUCUCUCCUGUCGCCGGCGGUCGGCGGGUUGGGGAGACGGGUAGGCGGGGGGUAUCGGUUUGCAUGGGGACGGUCGACGCCUGGUGUGAGACAACGGGGAGGUGUGGGGGAUGGGGAAGAUGGGAGUGGGGAGGAGGAGGAAGGGGAUUUGACGGGGUUUGUCGUUGCGGAUGAUGAGGUUGAGAUGGAGGAGGAGGAUGUUCCGACCGUUUGA